AUGCGCGCGAUGAAAUUCAUAUCGCUUUUCCGCCGGAACCACAACCAGGGUAGCCCUUCUGAAGGGGUGAGACCCUAUCAGCAACCCCCAGUGACAAUGGAAUCAGCUGUUUUCCCGCCAAACAAACAGUCGCAAGAAACGGAAAAACUUCAACAACCAAAACAAAAACAAAAACAACAACAACAACAGCAACAACAAGUACAAAAAGAAGCAAUGGACAGCCGUGGCGCUAUGGCCAUAGGUUUGCCUACGGUCAGCCCAGUUGAGAGAUCUGAUAAUGUUACUGUGUACAUUGAAGAAUUGGAGAAGUUGCGCAUGGAAGUUGAACUGUUGAAAGUAAAUAAUAUGUAUUCAAUAUUAUAUUAUUCACUUGAUUUUAAGUGCUUGUAUUAUUUUGUUCGAGUACUCUAUUUAAGAUCAUAUAGGUUAGAUAGGUGUGUUUUGAUGGUUGAGUUUCAAUUCGGAUUCAGUAAACAUUUUACUAGCCCACAGGUGUACUUGGUAUUGUUUUUAAUUAAAUAUACAAAAUAUGCACUCAAAGGAUUUUUAUAAUACACAAAUAAUUAGAACACAUUCAAUAAACUUUUUUCAAAUUAUUCUGUUUUAGUAUAAUUUAUUUUAUAUCUUGAUAACACCUUAAAUUGUAUUUAUUAAAGCGUUAAAAAUGCUUGGUAUUCUGUAUUUUAAAUGUCCAUCUAUGUAUGUUUUAAUCUAUAGGUAAAAAAUAAUUUUAGUAAUACAUUCAUUAUAUUAAAUAUCUUUAUGGCAAAUUGUAUGUUAUAUUGUUACGCAUGUGCAACAUAUUGUUGUUGUUUUGAUUUAAUUUGAUUGCCAUUUAGAAUGUGAUGUAAAAUGAGCUGAAUAACAAAAUAUAUUAAAUAUGAGGUGUUGUCUUUUACGUGUUAGUGACCUGCUAUUGGAUGUUCCGUUGAAUUCUAUAUAAUAAGUUAGGAAUAAUUAGGGAUACACAAAUUAAACAAACAUUCAAUGAUUGAAAAGGUUCAUUAAUACAAAUUUAAAUUAUUAUUAGAAUACUUGAGUACAGCCAACUUGUCAUAAAAUAUUCUGAAACUUAAUUAAUAACCCAACUAGAAUUAGGCCUUAAUAUUAUAAUUGUAAUACUUAUAAAAUAUUUUUCAAAAUUAAUUUUAUUAAUUGUAUAAAAUAAAAAAAAACAAAACAUAUUCAACAAUAUUAAUAUAUACAAUCGAUUAUGUGUAAUAUUUUAUUUUUAUUAUAAUGUAAUGUGUAUAUUUUAUAGGAACAAAGAAAUGAAGCUGAACAGAGCUUAGCAAUGCAUAUAGAAAAUGCUCGGAAUUGUGUAUUGGUGUGUACCCCUAAUAAUAAAGUGGAUGAUCGACGGAGAUAUCCAAGUUCAGCUCCAGCUUCUAUAGCUCCUCCAAAUUCUGCUAGUCAGGUUAAUAUACAUAUAAUAACUUUUUGUUAGCAGAUUGAGUUUUUAAUUUGUAUUUAGGAGUUACUGGACACUCAUGACUGGGAUAAGAAUUCUAGUUCUGUUAGUGAGGUUUCUUUAGCUUGUUUACAAGAUAGGAUUAUUCAAAUGGAAGAAACUCACUACAGGUUUGCUUAUUACACUUAUUUUAUUAUAAUAUAAAAUUUAAUGAGGUAUAUUUUUAGUACUAAUGAAGAGUUACAAGCUACACUCCAAGAAUUGGCAGACCUACAAUCUCAACUCUAUGAUCUACAACAUGAUAAUGAACGUUUGGGUAAAGAGAAAGGUGUAUUAUUAGAGUCAUUAUGUCAACAAACAGAAAAAUUGGAAGAUGCUCGCACCAAAGUUGAUGCCUUACAAGGAUUAUUUCUUGUGCCUGGUUCUAAUCCUCCAUCAUCUGUUACUGAACGCGAAGAAAAACUAGUUGAACUGCUUAAAAGUGGGCAGGCAGAACGUGAAGCAUGGCUAAGUAAACAAGAACAGCUCAUUGCAGAAGCAAAUGAAUCAAGACGAUCAUUAGAAAAUGAAGCCAAAAAGGCAAAUCAACUUUUAGAAAGAGUUAGAUUUUUGGAAUCUACUGUUGAUAGCAAAAGUGCUGAAGUUAAACAGUUUGAUGAACAGCUCACUUUUGCUAAAGAAGAGAUUUCGUCAAAAAAUAUUGAAAUUAAUCGUAAUCUCAUGUUAUUAGAUAAUGCUAGAGCCAAGGUAAUUAUUUAAUAAUAUAAUUUAUUACAGUUAAUCAAAGUCAACAAUAAUUUAAUUUAUUAUAGAUGCUCAGGUGUCAUUUUGGUGUUAGUAACUAAAGUUGAGGUUCUAGUUUGAAAAAUAUAUAUAUAAUUCUUAUAUUUAAUUAUUUAUGGUUGAUUAUAUCAUUCUGAUUUUUUUUUUAUACAUAAUACCUAAAGUAAAAAGUAAAAUAAAAUGAUUGUAAUGUAAAAGUGUUAUUUCUCUGAAAUGUUGAUUUUUUAUCUAAUAUUUAUCGAAUAGUUUAUUUGAUUAUUUUGGGUAACUUUUAAUGUGAUAGUAUACUGUGUAUUAAUCGUUAAAUUUAGUUUAAUGUAAACUAUAUUAUUGUUUCAGAUAGAAGAAUUAGAAUCGGCUAGAGACAAAUUAGGUGACAAGUCCGAGUUAGAUGAAUUGUUAAACCAUGCCAGGCGUGAAAAAGACAACUUAGAAAGUCAAUUGGCAUCAAUGCAAGAGCGUGUACAACGUGCAUUAUGUGAAAUUGAUAGACUUAAAGAGCAACUAGCAAAUUCGAAUGAACAAUAUACUGUAGCAAGUAACAAUGCAAAAUCAGCACUUAUAGAUUUACAAUGGCAAAGGGAUAAGUGGCACGAAGAAGUUGCUUCAUUAACAUCUGAAUUGAAAUCAGCCAAAGAAGCAGAAUCUGAAUCUCAAAGUUUAUGUCAGAAAUAUGUUGAAGAAAAAAGACAGCUAGCUGAUGUAUUAUCUGAAACUCAGAUGUGUUUAGCCAAUGUACGAAAAGCCCUCGAAGAAGAAAAAUUAGAAAUACGUGCUGAAGUAAUAAUAAAAAAAAGCUUUCUUAAAAUCAGUUUUAUUAUUUAAUAUAACUAAAUUUGUUUUCGAUAUUGUAGAGGAAAGAAUGGCAUCAAUUUAAAGAUGAUUUAUUAACAACUGUACGAGUUGCCAAUGAUUAUAAAGAAAUUGUAGAAAAAGAUAUGGAACAAAUUAUUACGGAAAAUAAACGGCUCCGUGAAAAAGUAAAAACAUUAGAAACUCAACUUGAUAAAUUAAAAAGUAAGAUUAAUGUUAUAUUAUCCUUUAGAAUCAUUUAUUAAUUUUUAUUUUGUUAAAUAUGUAGAUAUGGAUAAACCUAGAGCUUUAUCAUGUAGUGCUAAUUCCAUACUUAAUCCAGUUAUAAUUGGCCAUGAGAUAAGUCGUCGUAGUAGUCAUUCAAAACUUUCUCGUCAAGAUAGCCAACUAUCUGUUAAAACAUUGAUUGAAAGUAUUGAAAAUGCUACCAAACAAGCUAAAACUGGUAUUUUUCUUAUUUACUAUUUGAUUUUAUGUUUGUUAAAAUAAACUAAUGUAAUGUUUUAUUAAAGUAUGUUUAAAGUUUCAGUGUUAUAAAUAUAUUUUAAUUUUAGCUGAAUUCACUCGAAGUAAUUCAACUUCAAGUUUAAAUGGAUUAGGAACUCAAAAUGAAAAUGAACAUUUGAAUAAAACACAAAGAGAUGGUGAAUUUAAAGCUCCACUUAGAGAACAAAAUGGUCACUUAGCAGAUAAUAAUGCAAUUUCCCCUUGUGAAGAAACAGGUGAUACAGUUCUAUACCUUUGAAAAAUAAAAAAUAAAUUAACUUAUGGUUAAUGUUUAUAGAUCCAAUAAAAAAAUGUCAGAAUGAAGACUACCGUUCAAAUGGGUCAAUACUUUCUUCAACCCGCAAUAUGGAUACAUUUGCACGUCUAGGAGGAGCAACUGAAAUACGUAAUAUAUUUUCACAAUCAGGCAUAGCUGCUAUAAUAGAUUUUCUGUUUUAUCAAUGGUUUAGUUUAUAAAUGUGUUCUUAUUCAGUGUUUUAUUGUUUUCAACAAAUAGUAUGUUAAAAUAUUUUUAAUUUAGUCUUCAUUUAAAUUGUAAUAUAGCUGAACGCCGAGAUCCUCUCCAAGCAUUAGUUAAAAAUGGCGGUUCAAAACGCAAUGCCUUACUUAAGUGGUGUCAAAAUAGAACAAUUGGAUAUCCAAACAUAGAUAUAACAAAUUUUAGUAGUUCAUGGAACGAUGGAUUAGCAUUAUGCGCUUUAUUACAUACCUAUUUACCUGACCAAAUUCCAUAUUCAGAAUUAACUCCAACAGAAACACGACGCAAUUUUACUGUUGCAUUUGAAGCUGCUGAGUCAGUUGGUAUACCAACAACUUUAGUGAGUACUAUAAAUUAUUUUUUAUUCUAGUAUUUUGUAGUAAAUGUAUUUUUAUCUUAAUCAAAAUAUAACUUAUAACUGUUGUUUUAUUAACUAGUAGUAGAAAACAUAACUAUGUUUUUCAAAAAUAUUUUAUAAUUCUUUAUUAAUAUUGAUAACAUAAUUUUAAUAAUAGAACAUUACUGACAUGAUAUCACAAGAACGUCCAGACUGGAACCUAGUGAUGACAUAUGUAACCGCUAUAUACAAACAGUUUGAAACAUGA